GGCCCCCGUCGCCUCCUUCCCCUGAACCCUACUACUGCACCAUGGCCGCCGCCCGCGCCGCCCUCCUCCGCCGCCACGGCCUCGCCGCCGCCGCCGCCAACCCCGUCCUCUUCUCCGCCCAUGGCCUCCGCUACCGCAAGCUCGAGGUCAUCCUCACCACGACGAUCGACAAGCUGGGGAAGGCGGGGGAGACGGUGAAGGUGGCGCCGGGGCACUUCCGCAACUACCUCAUGCCCAAGAUGCUCGCCGUCCCCAACAUCGACAAGUUCGCCAUACUCAUGCGCGAGCAGAGCAAGCUUUACAAGCAUGAGGAGGAGGUGGUUGUCAAAGAAGUCUCAAAGGAGGAGGAGGAUGCUCAGCAAGCGGAAGAGAAACUGAAGCAGUGUCAAGCAGCAGCAAAACGGCUCGAUAAUGCUCUAUUGGUGAUGAGGCGGUUCAUCUCCGAAGGCAUCGAGUUGCGCAAUCCUGUAACGAAGGAUGAAAUCAUUUCAGAGGUGGCAAGGCAACUCAAUGUGAACAUCCACCCAGACAAUUUGCACGUGGUGUCACCACUAUCAUCCCUCGGAGAAUUCGAGCUGCCCCUUCGCUUACCGAGAGAUAUACCACGUCCGGAAGGCAAGCUACAAUGGACUCUCAAGGUCAAGAUCAGGAGACCCUAAGUACUUUCAGUGGGUAACCUUGCUCCCCUUCCAAAGUGCUGAAUGGUACCAAAAGACCAUUGCAUCCUUCAGAUGAAGAGCAUGCCGAAAUAGAUCUUCAAACCCAACCUUUUCCCUUUACAAUUUGCUUGGGCCAUUGUCUCUGAUCCGGGUGAUAUGAUCGGCCUUUUGUUCCUACAAACAAACGCUAAGAAAUAGUGAAUAAUUUGCUUGGGGUAGGGAGCCUAGUAUUUUUGUUGCUGUUUGACUUUAUGAUAUUCUUGACUUGUUAGUGUGCCCAAUCCUGGUGUGAAAGGGGAGAUGGAUGGAUAUAAAGAAAGAAAGGUUGUGUUUGCAA